UCUGUUGACAAUAAAACAAUGACUUUAAUAACAUAAAGGUUAUUUUGAUCAAUAUUUCUCAGGGCAACCUGAGGUCAAUCAAGGCAGUGGGAAGUCUGGACUCUCUGGGUAUUACUUCCAUGGUGUGUGGCGAUCACUUGGUGGCACCAAAGUCCACCAAUUCAACAACUCCUCUGCCAUCAGUCAGUGUCUGAAAGGAAAGGUGGUCCACAUGUAUGGAGACUCCACCCUUAGGCAGUGGUUUGAGUACCUUGAUGCUUCACUUCCAGAUGCUAAGGAGAUUAACCGGAAUAGUCCCAAGAAAACUGGACCUUACAUGAUAUGGGACAAUGCAAAAAACAUCUUGGUAACAUACCGUGUCCAUGGUCCUCCUCUUAGUUUUAUCUACGUCCCAACCAGUGAGCUGCGUUACAUUUCCAAUGAAAUUGAUGGGUUGGUAGGUGGCACCAACACAGUUAUAGUUUUUAGCAUCUGGGCCCACUUCAGCCCUUUCCCAAUUGAGCUCUACAUCAGACGGCUUCAGAGCAUCCGCAGGGCGGUGAUUCGUCUGUUGAACAGGGCUCCAGACACACUGGUGGUCAUCAGGACUGCAAACCUCAGAGGUUUAACACCUUCUGUAUCGUUAAACUACAGUGACUGGUACACACUACAGGAGGACAAGGUGCUCAGAGCUGUGUUCAAAGGACUUAAUGUUCGACUAGUGGACGCUUGGGAGAUGACUCUGGCCCACCACCUGCCUCACAACAUUCACCCAGGCCAUCCUAUUGUUAAGAAUAUGGUUAACAUUCUCUUGUCCUACAUAUGCACCAAAUAGGGCUAAUAGAUAUGCAUUUGUUAUGAGCAGGUUAAAGAACUCACUCUUUUUUACAUUAUAUUACAGUAUAGCAGGUAAACUCUGUGUUAUCUGCAAAGACCCAAUAGUAAUCCAUCACAGCACUUCGCAACAUUUAGCAAAGUUACAGUGGCAAGGAAAAACUGCCUUUUUACAAACAGAAACCUUGAGCAAAAGCAGAUUCAUGUUUAACAGCCAACUGCUGAAACAGUGUUGGGCUUGAAAGUAUGUGUUUUAUUAGCAGUAACAGUUAAGUAUGAUAAUAGACUGAUCAGUCUAAUAUUAACAUUAAUAACAGUAUGAUGAAACAGUUAGGACUGCUUAUGUUUGAUCAUGUGUAUGUUUUUAUCAGACCUCUGAAGGACUUUAUAUUUUUAUUUUUAUAAAUCAUGAUUAAAAUGAUCAUUUUGGUCAUAUAAAAAAACAUGUUUGUUGUGUUGAACUUUCGUGCACAGCCUGAAUACACCCUCUUUUUUUGAGAAAUAGAAAUAUUGCAUGCUGGUCCAUCCAUGCUCAAACUGCCUGCAAUCCCUAAGUACAAUGAGAAGAGAUUACCAUAAUAGGGAAAUGGGGAGCAUCAUUUAAAAUGCCUAUGAAGAGUAAUAAUGGUUUGAAUAUGAACUUAUUGUUAAUCACAUUGUGUAUUAAUUUAGAGGGAAUUAAAAGUAGUUGAAAAGUCAGUACCUUAGAAAUUACCUCAUGAAAAAUGAAACAGAACCAAUUGUUUACAGAUUUUUCAAACAAAAAAAACGUGUUUUAUUAAUAAAGAAUGAUCUCUGUCUAAAUGCAUAAAAGACCUAGAUGGUCUAAUUAACAUGCUACACAAACAUAGGCCGAAAUACACACACAUGCACAAACAGGAUCCUCUGGACAUGCAUUAAUAAUGAGGUCUCAGAGUGAGUGGGCUGCCCACAGCGAUCGCUCCAGAGCAGUUUCGGGUUCGGUGCCUUGCUCAAGGGCACCUCGGCGGUGCUCAGGAAGUGGACUGAUGCCUCUCCAGCUACCAGACCAAUUUCCGGACUUGGUCCGGGGACUUGAACUGGCAACCCCUCCGAUU